AUGGUGAAUACUUGGGUUCUGUCUCACCCCACACUCGAACCAGCUGCGGCCCCUUACACGUGCCACAAUGCACGUGUUGGGCUUGUCGACCCACCACCCAACAUCGCCUAUAUGCCGUCCUGCCGUCGUGCGACCUCACUUCCCGCGUACCGUCAUUCGCUAUCCUUGCAAUCACCACUUAGCAUCAUGGGUCAAUUGAUGUCCCACCCUAUUGAGGACAAGAACGUGGAGUGCCAUAGCCACGAGAGCCUCACAUACUCUAUAGGAUCGAUGCAGGGUUAUCGUAUGUCAAUGGAGGAUGCCCAUUGUGUGAAGAUAGAUGAACACGAAAGAGUUGGUGUUUUUGGAGUUUUUGAUGGUCAUGGGGGCAAGGAGUGUGCUAAUGUGGUAUGUGAGCGGCUUCCACUGAUGAUUUUCAAAAAAAUUCUGGCGUUGUUGGAUGACAAAAAUGUCUUGGACGCGAACAGCAAUGAGGAUGCAAAAAAGGAAGAGAAUGGGGAGAAAGUAGAUGGAAAUGCAAACAACAUCCUCAAAGAUUCAAAACUAAACAAAUUGCGUUCAUCCGCCAUGGAUGUGAUACGUAAUUGCUUUUUCCGCGUGGACCAUGAAUUGGAAGCGUAUCACGAUGCUGCCAAUUGCGGAACCACCGCCAUCGUGGCCACUGUUCUAGCCGGAAAAUACGUCAUAGUGGCCAAUACCGGCGACUCUCGUUGCAUUAUGUCUGUCAACGGCGCCGCAAAGACAUUGUCGUUCGACCAUAAACCAUCCACCAUGGGCGAACGGGUUCGAAUUGAGAAUUCGGGAGGCUACGUGGUGUGUGGACGGGUCAACGAGGUGUUGGCGCUUUCCAGAGCGUUUGGCGAUUUUAAGUUCAAAACGCCCUACGUUGAUGGUGAUACUAACCAGAUCUACGCACGCAAUAAAAAGUACUGGAAAAAUGGCGUGGUGCAUUUACCGCCGGAGCUUCUUCUGGUGCUGGUGGAACCAGAUAUUCUCGUCUACGAUCUAUCCAAACUUACUGCUCCAGAAUUCAUGGUGCUUGCUUGCGACGGUAUAUGGGACUGCUACACUAAUGACCAACUUCUCAAGGCAAUUCGCUCGAAGCUCGCAGAACUGUGGAAUCUCAGACACAUCACCGAAUACAUCUUGAACGAGUGCAUCUCCAUGGCUUCAUCUGCAACUGGAAUUGGGUUCGAUAACAUGACGCUAGUCAUUGUCGCACUUCAUCCAACCGAAACCAUCGACGAGUGGUACCAAAGAAUGAAAAGCCCUUAA